UGCACCUUUAAGUGUGUUUUUCAUACUACAAAUGUAUUAACCAUGAUGUAUUGUGCCAGUGAUAGUAGAUGGCUUUUAUUUUUAAGGGGAGAAAUAAAAGGAAGCGUGUAGAGGAUACAUGGAGGGGGGAAGGCUGAAUAGGGUCUGUGUUUGUACAAGCUUGUAUUUAGAGCCCUGUAGAAGGAUUAAAGGAUCAGCCCCUGAUAAUUUCUCUCUCUUUCUCACUCCCCCUCCCUCCCUCUCUCAUCAUUUUGUCCAUUCUGCUAAAUAUCUGUAUCGUGUCUUUCUCUGAAGAGAUACUGACUUUGUAGUAAUGUGGGUAUCACAGUGUUUUUAAACUUCAGACGGUCAGCAUGUCCCUUUGCUCAGUCAUGGUCGCUUCUCGAAAGUCUUGUAAAUAAAUGACCGUAAAUGAAACCUUGCACUCGUCUUGUCUUGUCAGGCGCAGACAUUCUAUGCUCAUAGAGAUUGUAGAUUAGGGAUUAAUUGGAGACAGCGCGAGGUCCAUUUCCUUUUCUGUGGUGUCGGAUGCAGAUGCAUAGAUGGAAAAAGAGACACAAUUAAAAAUGUGUUUGAUUUAUUUUCUGGUCAUGCUGUGCUCUGUAGUCAUUAUCCAGUAAACGUACAGUGUUUUAGUUGGUUUGUGGAAGUUGCUUUGCGUGCAGGCUCAUGUCUUCAUGUGCGUGUUUCUGUCCACCCACUGCAACCCACGUCAGAAGCCCAGCUCCGAGAGUCAUCCGUGGGGUGGAAUUACAGCGUGGGGCCUCUACUCGCACAGCUCAAUUGUCUCUGCUUUGGAAGGGACGGAUUUAUUGGAUACCUGAGAGAGCAUUCUCUCCUUCCCCUGCACUCUCAGCAGCCUGCUUAGACACAGGCCUGCAUUAUCGAUGAGCCCUUGGCAGCCGCCGCACUCUCACAGCGCUCAUGUUACCCCCCAGUAGAUGCACACAUACAAGGUGAUUCUCAGAAUUCAGACAAACCACUGUGUUAGACCACGCCCCGCUCUUCGUCACUGGGCAGCCCAUGCACACGCACGGCACCAUGGGAAGCUCCCCUGAGGUGCUGUCAUGGACUUCCUGCCCCAGUCUGCUUGUGGGUAAGCUGAAAGAGGAGCUGAAGCUCACUGUGGUUGGGGACGCCAUGAAGAAAUCAAACUCCCAACCCCAGGCUCCACAGGCCCCUCCCUCUAAUUUACCUCCUCAAAUUAUCACAGACCUGGCUCCUCCGACGCACUUGCCCGUUCCCCUGCAGACGCUGCAGACUCCUGGCCAGGAUGAGGACUCCGUGCUGGGGGGCAUUACCCCGCAAAACAUAGCACUGAGUGUGGACUCUACACGGAGCGAGGGUGGGCACUUUGACAACAGUGUGCUCCAGCUGCAGGAGCAUGACCACGAAGAAGCUGGCUCUCCGGCUUCCUGUGAGCACUGUGGGCAUGGUACUGGGAUGGAGGAGCACAUGGGAGAAGGGGACUGUCCCUCGGACCACAGUGGCGAGGGGAGGCAGAGCCACCCACAGCACCCUGAUGACAUUAAGCUGCACUUCCAGAGAGCAGGACCUGGGUCCGGGGGCUUCUUAGAGGGGCUCUUCGGCUGUCUUCGGCCAGUCUGGAACAUCAUCGGGAAAACAUACUCAACAGAAUACAAGCUACAACAGCAAGACAUGUGGGAGGUACCGUUUGAGGAGAUUUCGGAGCUACAGUGGCUCGGCAGUGGAGCGCAAGGAGCGGUCUUCUUGGGUAAAUUCCGCUCUGAGGAGGUGGCAAUCAAGAAGGUGCGCGAGCAGAAGGAGACUGACAUUAAACACCUGCGAAAACUCAAGCAUCCCAACAUCAUCAGCUUUAAGGGAGUGUGCACUCAGGCUCCGUGCUACUGCAUCAUCAUGGAGUACUGUGCCCAGGGCCAGUUGUACGAGGUGCUGAGAGCAGGCAGGAAAGUGACUCCCAGGCUGUUGGUGGACUGGGCCUCAGGCAUCGCCAGCGGCAUGAACUACCUACACCUGCACAAGAUCAUCCACAGAGAUCUUAAGUCUCCUAAUGUUUUAGUCACCCACUGCGACACUGUGAAAAUCUCUGACUUUGGAACAUCCAAAGAGCUCAGUGACAAAAGUACAAAGAUGUCAUUUGCGGGUACGGUGGCCUGGAUGGCUCCGGAGGUGAUCCGAAAUGAGCCUGUGUCAGAGAAGGUGGACAUUUGGUCAUUUGGAGUUGUGUUGUGGGAACUGCUGACUGGUGAAAUUCCCUACAAAGACGUGGACUCCUCUGCCAUCAUUUGGGGUGUUGGCAGCAACAGUCUUCACCUUCCUGUCCCCUCCACCUGCCCAGAUGGUUUCAAAAUCCUCAUGAAACAAACAUGGCAAGGCAAGCCCAGAAACAGGCCUUCAUUUCGCCAGAUUCUCCUUCACCUGGAUAUUGCCUCCUCUGAUAUCCUCGGAGCUCCUCAGGAGACCUACUUCAAGUCUCAGGCAGAGUGGAGGGAGGAGGUGAAGAAACAUUUUGAGAAGAUCAAGAGUGAAGGCACCUGCAUCCACAGACUGGACGAGGAGCUGAUUCGACGCAGGAGGGAUGAACUCAGGCAUGCACUGGACAUCAGGGAGCACUAUGAGAGGAAACUGGAGAGAGCAAACAAUCUUUACAUGGAGCUCAGUGCCAUCAUGCUGCAGCUGGAGGUCCGGGAGAAAGAUCUAAUGAAGAGAGAGCAGGCUGUGGAGAAGAAAUAUCCCGGUAACUACAAGAGGCAAUUGGUGCGACCUAUCGUUAGGUCCAAUGCUGUAGAGAAGCUCAUCAAGAAGAAAGGAAGCAUUUCCCACAAACCUGGGAUGCCCAACACCAAAAGGCCAGACUUGCUUCGUUCUGAUGGCAUUUCCAGUGUUGACCCUCUCCCCUCCCCCUCACCACUGUCUGCCAGCCCAAAGGUCUCCACACCUCCUGGUAAAUCUCGCUACCGUAGCAAGCCUCGUCAUCGCCGCGCCAACAGCAAAGGAAGCCACACUGAGUUCCCUGGCGUGCUGAAACCUCUUGCUGGUGCUCCAGAAGACAGCCGCUCUCUCCAGGAGCAGCUGUUCCACCAUCACCACCACCACCACCACCUUCUACCAAAUCAGGGGCCCCUCCUUCCCUUGAAGGGCCGUGAGGAGGCUGUUGUCAACUGUGCCAACAACUUGCGCUACUUUGGCCCUGCAGCUGCCCUGCGUAGUCCUCAGACAGACCACCUGCAGCGCCUUGUUUCUGGCUCCAGUCCCGACCUCAUUUCCACUGCUGUGGAUGCGGACACUCGACAGCGGACUACAACCACCAGCUCCAAUCCUGUCCCGGGUGCUGCUGCUGGUUCUCUGUGCCCCUGCUGCCAGGCACACCCCUUCCCUGGAUGCCUACAUUGUCAGGAGACCCCACCUGCACCCAACAACCCAGAGCUACCCCACUACUCGCUGCUCGGCACCCAAAAAGGAACCCAGGCUUCCUUAGUUGUGCCCAGUGAAGAUCCAGCCUCGAAGGCUACAAAGAAGCUGGAGCCACAGGAGGCGUCCCAACACACGCACACCCUGCCCACUGCACUGCCACACAUUCUAAGACCUCUCAGGAAGGGUGGUGAUGAGUCAUCCGAAGAGGAGGAAGGAGAGGUGGAUAGUGAAGUGGAGUUUCCAAGGAGACCGAGACCUCAUCGUUGUAUGAGCAGCUUUCAGUCCUACUCCACCUUCAGCUCUGAGAACCUGUCGGUGUCUGAUGGGGAGGAGGGAAAUACGAGCGACCACUCCCACAGUGGGCCCCUGGAACGGAUGAGUGCCAGUCAAGAAGAGCACCUGGACGAGCUGCUGUCACACACACCAGACAUCCCCAUCGACAUCUCCACCCAGUCAGACGGCCUCUCUGACAAGGAGUGCGCUGUCCGCAGGGUCAAGACCCAGAUCUCUUUGGGAAAACUGUGCUCGGAUGAACAUAGUUAUGAGAAUCCGCUUCAGUUUGGAGACUCCGACUGUGAUACGUCAGAAGCCGAGUGCUCCGAUGCCACUAUCAGAAAUAACAAAGUGGGGCCUCCGUCUUCGUGGUGAAACCAGCCCGAGGACACAGUUGUGUUUUUGCCUGGAGGUCAUUGUGUCCCGCUCUGCGCCGCAGAAAAUACAGCAAUAAGAGGAUGACUUUGUAAACAUAGCUCACUAUAGCAAUUCUCCAUGCAAUCUCUCCCAGAGCCUUCCCGACCCUUCCCCUUCAUGAGCCUCACCUGCCCUCAUCUUUGGCACAGCAUUCAGGCAACCCAUGGCAGGGAUUCCCUUUUGAAAGAUAAUGUACAGUAGAUAGUGUAACACUCAUAAUUUAUUUUUGUCAGAGUUCUGAAGGAAAAUUCAAUGUUCUCUGAUCUGAACAGAGACAAAAAAAAAUAACUUUUCAAAACUGACCACGGGCUAUCUGUGUGUUGGACGGAGGCUGAGGAUGACGAUGCAAGUUGUGAUGAAGUAGAGGAUUAUGUAUUAAAGUGCUGAUCCAUCUGAGGAUGACAGCUGUGGGAAAGACGCAUCAUUGUUACUGUUGGUCUCUCAGGCGAGUGACGCAUUCGGAGAGUGUCACUUCAUUUGAUCUGGCCGCAGUCGCUCUCAGCAUUUGACUAUUUUACAAGCCCUCUCUUUGUCCACAGUUUGGCCAGUCUGCUUUCUCAUGACUUUACAGUGUAGAGCCUCAGCUCCCCUUCUCAUUUCUCCACUUCCAUCCUGUCCCCCAACAAGGAACAGGAAGCUCAUGGAAACAGUGUGAAAAACACCAGCAUGAAACAACCUGCCUCACAAGUGGACUCUCUCUCUCUCUCUCUCUCUCUCGCUCUGUCUCUCUCUCCCCAAAACCACCAAUGGUGUGUAGUCAUCAGGAUUUCUCCAAGCAUGUCUGUGCAGUUUGCAAAAGCUUCCUGAAGACUGCAUGAAGUGGACAACCAAGCAGAGCAACAGGGAUGAAGACUCGUGUGACAGCUGAUGAAAAAUCAAAGAGUUUUUUUUUUUUCCUUUCUGACCCUGCUUAUCCUUUUAUGACAUGCCAUCAUCAUCACCCAUCAGAUAUAAUGACCUAAGCUACUGAGGGACUUCAGUGUGUGUGUGGGUGUGUGCGUGCGCGCACACGUCCGUGUGCUCACAAAGCCUUUUUCUCUCCAUUAGACAUUACAGUUUCAAGUCUCAUCUCAGGAUUGUUUCGAGAACUGUGAGAAACUGGACUGGACCAAUUAUUGUAUGUGGGAAUGUUGUUCUUCGAGCGGCACAUAUUAUGGACCACACAGGAAUAUUAAAAACGGUCUUACAGAUAGCCUUGAUGUUCAACCCUUUAUCGCUGGACAUUGACGUUAUAUGAACAUGUAGAGUGCUCUAAGUGCGUUUCAGGUGCAGUAUCCCCUUUCUUGAAAUCAAAAGGUGCAACAUCUCACACGUACCAUUUUCUAGCAAGAUAAUUUAAACUGUCUGAUCUAUAAUGUCCAAAAAACUGUUUCCUGUGCUGUGCUGAAUGAAACGGCAAUAACAUAGGUUGGCACUCAGGUGAGAAAGUAGUUGCUUGCUCAGGUUUCCGGGGCUACAGGUGCUGGCUACAACACGGUGACUGGUGGGAGCAGCAAAGGUCAAACUAUUUAUUUGAAAUGCAGUGUCUUUAAAUUGGCCCAAUUUCUGUGAAGCCACAAGGCUUGGUGCUCAGGCUUAACGUUGAUGAUAAAGAGCGGAAGCAGUGCACCAACAGCCACUAGAUGGCGACACUUACAAUGACCAAGUUUGCCUUGUGAUAUGUAAAUACCUAGGCUUCAUUUUCUACCCUAUGUAAUGUAUUCCACGUUUCCUUUGACCAUCCUAAUCCCAGGAUUUCAUCAAUAUUACUUGUUUUUGUCCAGUUGUCUUUGAAGAGGGGAUACUGCAUCUGUGAGAGCUUUAUUUUAAUCCUUGUCGGCGUGUUUGUCCUUCAUCAUAAUGAUUUAGCAGUUAAAAAUAGCCAGCCAGGGUUGAAUUUAUAUAAUGAUGUCAAGAAUGCUCAAGUGUUUGCAGACAGCUGAGAUUCUGCAUAAGGAAUAAAAGCCAGAGACAAGGCCACAGAGCAAGUGAGCUGCUCUUGGUUUUCAACAACCUCAUCUCAGUGUUAGUGUAUAUAAUCAUCCGUAAAUGUAAUGUGACCUGUUUUUGACCUCUCUCUGUAGUGAAUGCACAGCUCUGACAGAGGCCUGAGCUUCUGUCACUGAGUAGUUCAAAAUGAGCAGGAAAUUCUUGAAUCGGUUUCACAUCAGUAUUGAACACUGCAGGAGGAUGUGAGCUGCACAAACUGAAUCUAAAACUGAAGUGAGGUAUAAAUUACCUUUUGUGGAGUUUUGUAAAGGCUUCGUCCUGAUAGUGGGAACAGCUGCUGCCUUUCCUCAAGCCUCCUUAACCUUCUUCAUUCUGUUGAUGUUGAAGUGAAAUAACCUAGUGUAUUGUAAUGGCUGGGUGAUCUGAUCAAGCUGUUGAUAACCUUGUGUUCCUGACAUAAUAUAUCCUGUGAAGUAUGAUUGCUGUAAAGGUUUAAUUUAAUUUUUUUUUGUAGCUGGCCUACAUGACUAUUGGAUUAAUUUAUUAUCGAUGAAUGUUAAGGUGCAUUUUUAAUUUCAGGCAGCUUUAGAAAUGUUUUGACCUAUGAUUUCUCCUUAAAAGUAUUAUUUAAAGGAAGCACAAUGAAUCGGUAUGGGAAGAUAAAAGUAUUUUUUAUGUGAGAACAAAAGCAUUUUCAUAUCACUGAAGGGGACCAUUCAUCAUUUAGACCAUCACUGCAGAUGUGAAGUAUUGUAUUGCAGACUUUACAUCACUAAUUAGUUACACCAAGUGUUCCUCAGUCAUUUUUUUUUUUUUUUUUUUUAAACUCAACAUAGGUUUAUUAUAUGGAAUCGUUUCUGUUUCCAACCAAGAACCAGUCAAGUGACUUUCACAGCAGGGUAAAUAAGACUCAAAACCUGAAGGCACGUGCAGUGCCGAUAUCUGUACCUCUGCAGUGAUCCCUUCCUCUUGUUUUUAAUCAAAAUACCACUAACUUACAUUCAGUGCAAUUGUCUCUUAAGGUAGACAUAAGGUUGCCUCAUUCAAUGUAUCAAGCACCGGUUUCUUUGUUACUAUUGUUUCUAACUCCCUGUCCUGUUGAAUGGCAUUACGAUCAACCAAUCCUGUAAUUAUUCCUGUAUUAGCCAGUGUACAGUGCAAUGGGUAUCUGGGAGAAUAAAAUCAGAGCAAACAACUGCAUGGAAUAAAUGCUGAUGUACUGUACCCAGAA